AUGAAACUUAAAGUUAUGGACCAGCAAACUAUUACGAUUGGAAGGAGUCGGUCUUGUGAUAUUCUCCUGAAUGAACCAGAUAUAUCCACAACGCAUUGCGAGUUACAUCUUGUAGAGGUUGAUAUUGACUGUGAAAAGAAAAAGCUAUUCAACAUUAUAGACAAAAGUAGAAAUGGUACUUUUAUUAAUGGGAAUAAAUUAGUCAAGAAGGACUAUCUACUGAAGAAUGGAGAUAGAGUGGUAUUUGGUAAAAGCUCAUCUUUUUUGUUCAAGUAUUUUCAACCCACAGUAACUGAGACAUGUUCGAAUAAUACGUCUCUAACAUAUGAAGAAACCAAAGAUGUUGUAUUCAAGAAGCCUCUAAUUAGUAGCCAAACCAUUAACAAAAAAAUAAUUGAGAAUAAAGAUGCUGUGGGUUUAUCAUUUUAUGAUAAAUAUAUUGCAGGCAAGGAACUGGGGUCUGGGCACUAUGCAACUGUUAAGGAAGCAGUUAAUAAGAGUACUGGCGAAGUGGUUGCUGUGAAGAUCUUCCAUCCACAAAAAAACGAUGACAUUAAGAAAGCGAGGCAAUUUCGUGAGGAAACUGAGAUUCUAAUGAGUAUUGAUCACGUAAAUAUUGUGAAGCUUUUAGAGCGAUUUGUUGAACCCGUAAGCAAAACUAAAGUCCAAACUUAUUUGGUCCUAGAAAAGAUAAAUGAUGGGGAGCUGUUUGAAAGGAUUGUUAGGAAAACGAAGUUACGACAGGAUGAGACAAGGGCAUUAUUUAAACAGAUUUUAGGUGGUUUAAAGUACUUACACGACAAAAAUAUUAUUCACAGAGAUAUUAAACCUGAAAAUAUAUUAUUAAGUAUUAGGCAAAGAAAAUUUACUGAUGAAUUACAGUUAGGGCCCUGGGAUAAAAAUGAAAUUGAUAUAAUAGUUAAAAUUGCCGAUUUUGGGCUGGCUAAGUUUACUGGUGAAAUGCAAUUUACUAAUACACUGUGCGGAACGCCAUCUUAUGUCGCAGCCGAAGUCCUUUCCAAAGCUGGAUAUACAUCUAAAGUUGAUCUAUGGAGUGCUGGUGUUUUGUUAUACGUUUGCUUAUGUGGGUUUCCACCUUUCAGUGAUCAGUUGGCACCUCCAUCCAUGAAGGAACAAAUAUUGAGAGGAAAAUUUGCUUUCUAUUCACCAUAUUGGGAUGAUAUAGAUGACUCAGUGCUGGAUUUGAUAUCAAACUUAUUGGUGGUCAAUCCAGAUCAGCGGUUUUCAGUUCGAGAUGCGAUCGCUCAUCCUUGGUUCGACGGUUUACCAAAAAGUACCACUUUUAGCGUUGAGCGUUUGAAAAUGGAUGUGGAGAAGCUUCCCAAAACUUACUCUGAGUUAUGA